UGACAGAUGCGAUCGGCCAUGCUGCGUGUUUGUUGGCCUUGAUCCUGCGCUUGCCCGAUCUCAAAUUGAUUGGAUUGGAUAGCGACUGGCUUUGGGUUCCCUUACAUACACCUUUAACCUUCAUCCCUUUCGUGAUUGAGGAGACCUUCGUUUAUUUGUGGACCCUAAUCCCCUUCCAAUAUGGCGCCUAUCCGACAGAGCGCGUCCGCGACAUUGCCACGAAACUUCACCUUCCAUUACACCGAUGGCGACCAUCCACGGACGCCAGAGCCUGUCGACGGCCAGUUGAUUCAGGAACCACCUCGACCGCCUAGGCAAACAUUUCGCAUCCGCCGGAGACGACAGGACGACAAACCCACCGUUUCGGUCAACGUCGAAUCGCAACUUUUGCAGGAGAUGCCCAUCCCCACGAUUGAAACCUCGGAGGCCCCGACCAGCGAUUACUUUCCUUCCUACACGGAGUCUCUGAAUCCUUUUUCCGACCGCUUGCUCUCACCCAUGCCGAUCGACACGCGCGACAAAACUCCUCCACGGACGCCGCUUGGACAGACCGCGACAUACCACCCUGUACAUGGCGCUGGCGUGGAUUGGUCGUCCCCAGAUUGGAAGAGUCGGGGCGAGAGCAUUAGUCGCCCUUCGACCGCCUGUUCCAACUUCUCCGAUUCGUCCCUCUCAUCGAGCAUCAGCAUGGAGUCCUUCCCAUCGUUUGGAGGGAGCUGCACGAGUCCUGACAGCGAGAUCGGUGACUACGUAAAUUAUCGUAAACCCCUCUACACCCACCCUAUCUCUUCUCCUUUGCAAAAUCUCGGAGCGCGACCUGCAAAACGUUUGAUGAUGCGGAAGAAGACACGGUUCACCGCGGAGAUGGACAACCACCUUUGGUUCACGUACAUGGUGUACCUCCAAGACCCGACGGUCACCCCGUUCAAGAUGCUUCCUGGUACUGCACCACCUCUUGGGGUCUGCCAUCGUGUGGUUCGUGAAGCGAAGAAGUCCUGGAAGGAGGGCAAGGUAUUGAGUGGACCCCGAAACAUCCCUCGCCCCGACCCGUCUUCCAGACUGCUGGCGGAUUCUCCGGACACGAUCAAACCGGCGACGAAUGGCAGCUGGAGCCCCACGGUUAUUGCUACGCCCAAGCUGCAUGCCAAAUGGCCUCGAUCGGAUGCGGCAACUCGACGACGAUUUCGCGAGUUGUGCAAGCGAAAACCUACGCUUUCCGCUCAUUAUCAACGGAUGUUGAUGCGCAGCCCUUCUCCAUUUACCUCGUCCUCUCCUCAAGUUGGCUCCCGAUCUCGGCGAUCUCGACGUAACACACCUUUCGAAGGCCCGUCUAGUGUUAAGGCAUUCUCCACGAGAGAUAUGAACGUCUCCCUUGCGACCAGCACAUCGAAGACGAUGCAGCUUGGAAAUCCGCUUGCGCAGCUCGCGGAGUCGGAUCCACCUCGGUCUUCCGACGGGACUGAACGAGCCACCCCCCGACCACUCACCCAUCAAAAGAGCCAGUCCCUUAACAUCGGUCUUGGAUCGGAGAAGCGCGUGUUGGACUCACCAUUCAACCCGCGCCGCAUCGAGAAAAAGAGUGCCACACUCGGCCCCGCAACGCUCAACUCGCCCGUCCAAUUCCAGUCCUCUUCCCUCUCCCGCUCCUUCAAGCGCCACGCACAGCAGAUGUUCGACGACGAUUUUCCCGCCCCCAGCCAUCCCCGCGGCUUAUUGCAGGACGUGUUCGACGGCAUCCCCGAGCCGCACCAUCGCCGCGUGCGCAGCCGCGGCUUCAGUCUCGGCGACAUGACAGAAGGCCCGCGGAACAUCGCCUCGCUGUUCACCCCACCGAGCACGUGCGAGCAGCCCCCAAUCUUCCAUCUUCCCGUCGACGAACCGGCGGUCCCCGUCGACGAGGGUAUGGCCGACCCCGCGGGGAUCCGCUCAGCCCGGUUGGGUUCGCCAUUCAUGGAGCGGCAGCGUAGUCGGCAGAUCCAGACGUUUCCGCGCAACUUCUUCAGCCAGAGCCACCCGUCCGAUGCGCCUGGCCCGGGCCCUGGCGCACUUCUCGAUGUCUUCAAACCGAACGCGAACGCGAACCCUUUCUUGGGAUGACCGAGCUUUGCCGCCCAGCCUCAUUGCAUUCUAGGCGUUCAGGAGAUGGCUUUCUUGCAUGAUCUUCGUCGGAUACUCCGGCAUUUCUUCACUUCUUCGGUACCUGCAUUCGUGCAUCCCUGUGCUUUUCG